CUAUAUCAUCAUGAGCCAAAUAUUCAUCGCUUUCGCUGGAGGAGCGUGCGUGAUUACUGAGCAAAUCGCGGUCAUGGCAGCUACCGAGCAUCAGUAUAUCGCCGUUGUGCUUGCCCUGGAGGGCAUGGCCUCGAGUAUCGGCGGAGGGAUCGGAAGCACAAUGGCUAGCGUCAUUUGGACCGAUGUGUUUCCCAAGAGGGUUGCUGCCUAUCUCCCAGAAGAGGCUCAGGGCUCUGCUGGCAUGAUCUACGGCUCUCUCACGACUCAACUCAGCUAUCCAAAGGGCACACCUACAAGAGUUGCCAUCGAGAAAUCAUACGGCGAUGCGCAAGAAGUCAUGUGCAUUGCAUCUACCGCAGUUUUGGCUGUUGGUCUUGCCGCGGUCAUGAUGUGGCGAGACAUCCGCGUCAGAGACUCCCAACAGAAGUAA